CUUUGCUUCUUUGCACCCUGAAGACCGUGCGGAGCAGCGGCAGUCCGGCCGUUGGAGCAAAUGCGCUGAAGGAGGAGGAGGAGGAGGAUCAUGGCCUCAAAGAUGCUGCAGCUGCGCCUGGCCCACGGCAGGGCCCCCCUCCUGGCCUUGGGGCGCCUCUGGAGAUGCCCGGCCUCCUUCCAGAGCACCCACCCAGUGGAGUACAAGCCCAUCAAGAAGGUGAUGGUGGCCAACAGAGGGGAGAUUGCCAUCCGGGUUUUCCGGGCAUGCACCGAACUGGGGAUCCGCACGGUGGCGGUCUACUCGGAGCAGGACACAGGGCAGAUGCACCGGCAGAAGGCGGACGAGGCGUAUCUGAUCGGGAGGGGGCUCCCUCCGGUCCAGGCAUACCUCCACAUCCCAGACAUCAUCCAGGUGGCCAAGGAGAACGAAGUGGAUGCGAUCCACCCGGGUUACGGCUUCCUCUCCGAGCGCUCCGACUUCGCCCGGGCCUGCCUGGAGGCUGACGUGCGUUUCAUCGGCCCCUCCCCGGAGGUGGUGCAGAAGAUGGGCGACAAGGUCGAGGCCCGGAGCAUCGCCAUCGCGGCGGGCGUGCCCGUGGUUCCCGGGACGGACUCCCCCAUCUCGUCGCUCAGCGAGGCCCAGGAGUUCUCCGAGACGUACGGCUUCCCCAUCAUCUUUAAGGCCGCGUAUGGCGGGGGCGGGAGAGGCAUGCGCGUCGUGCGCAGCUACGAGGAGCUGGAGGAGAACUACACGCGCGCCUUCUCCGAGGCCCUCUCGGCCUUUGGGAACGGAGCGCUGUUCGUGGAGAAGUUCGUGGAGAAGCCGAGACACAUCGAGGUCCAGAUUUUAGAAGCGGCGCAUCAGCUGCGAGCUGUGAUUCAGGGCAAGGACGCCAGCCCUCGCCUCGAGCCCUCGCCUCUUCCUUUCAGCUUCCGUGCCAAGCACACACCGAACGGGCGCUGGGUCGGGUACGAAAACGCCGGGACGGUGGAGUUCCUGGUGGACCGUGUCGACCUGGUCCACGCCCAGAUCCAUAUCUCCGAAGGGAAAAGUCUUCCCGAGCUGGGCCUGAAACAGGACAAUGUGCGGGUCAACGGCUGCGCCAUUCAGUGCCGCGUGACCACGGAGGAUCCUGCCCGCGGGUUUCAGCCGGACACGGGUCGCAUUGAGGUCUUCCGGAGCGGAGAAGGCAUGGGGAUCCGUCUGGACAGCGCCUCGGCUUUCCAGGGGGCUGUCAUCUCCCCACAUUACGACUCCCUCCUGGUGAAGGUCAUCGCCCACGGCAAGGACCACCCCACGGCAGCCUCCAAGAUGAGCCGGGCCCUGGCCGAGUUCCGGAUCCGUGGCGUCAAGACCAACAUCCCUUUCCUGCAGAACGUCCUGGGCAAUGACCAGUUCCUCCGUGGCACGGUGGACACGCAGUUCAUCGAUGAGAACCCUGACCUUUUCAAUCUCCGGCCGGGCCAGAAUCGGGCCCAGAAGCUGCUGCACUACCUGGGCCACGUCAUGGUCAACGGCCCCACCACGCCACUGCCCGUGAACGCCCGGCCGUCACCUGUCGACCCCGUCGUACCCUCAGUCCGUUUGGGCCCGCCGCCUGCAGGCUUCCGGGACAUCCUUCUGCGGGAGGGACCCGCCGGCUUCGCCAAAGCCAUCCGUAACCACCGGGGCCUCCUCCUGAUGGACACCACUUUCCGGGACGCCCACCAGUCGCUCCUGGCCACCCGCGUCCGCACCCACGACCUCAAGAAGAUCGCCCCCUUCGUGGCGCACAACUUCAGCAACCUCUUCAGCAUCGAGAACUGGGGAGGUGGGUGGCCACCCGGCCCGUUUGGGGAGCUCCGCCAGCUGAUCCCCAACAUCCCCUUCCAGAUGCUCCUCCGGGGGGCCAACGCCGUCGGCUACACCAACUACCCGGACAACUCCGUCUUCAAGUUCUGCGAGGCGGCCAAGGAGAACGGGAUGGACAUAUUCCGGGUUUUCGACUCCCUCAACUACCUGCCCAACAUGCUGCUGGGGAUGGAGGCCGCGGGCCAAGCAGGAGGAGUGGUGGAGGCCGCCAUUUCCUACACGGGGGACGUGGCCGACCCCAAACGGACCAAGUACACGCUGGACUACUACGUCAAGCUGGCAGAGGAGCUGGUCAAAGCCGGCACCCACAUCUUGGCCAUCAAGGACAUGGCGGGCGUCCUGAAGCCCCAGGCCUCCACCCUGCUGGUCAAGGCCCUGCGGGAACACUUCCCCAGCGUCCCCCUGCACAUCCACACCCACGACACCUCCGGAGCAGGCGUCGCCUCCAUGCUGGCCUGCGCCGCCGCCGGGGCCGACAUUGUGGACGUGGCUGUCGACGCCAUGUCUGGAAUGACCUCCCAGCCCAGCAUGGGCGCCAUGGUGGCCUGCACCCGUGGGACGCAACACGACACAGGGAUCCAGAUGGAGAAGGUCUUCGACUACAGCGAGUACUGGGAGGUGGCCCGCGGCCUCUACGCCCCCUUCGACUGCACGGCCACCAUGAAGUCCGGCAACGCCGACGUCUACGAGAACGAGAUCCCGGGGGGCCAGUACACCAACCUCCACUUCCAGGCGCACAGCAUGGGGCUGGGCAACCGGUUCAAGCAGGUGAAGAAGGCCUACGUGGAGGCCAACAAGCUCCUGGGGGACCUGAUCAAGGUGACCCCUUCCUCCAAGAUCGUGGGCGACCUGGCCCAGUUCAUGGUCCAGAACAACCUGACCCGGGAGGAGGUGGAGGCGCAGGCCGACGAACUCUCCUUCCCGCUCUCGGUGGUAGAGUUCCUGCAGGGCUACAUCGGCGUCCCCUACGGGGGCUUCCCGGAGCCCCUCCGCUCCAAGGUGCUGAAAGACCUGCCCCGCAUAGAGGGGCGCCCGGGGGCCUCGCUGCCCCCCCUGGACUUCGAGAAGCUGGAGAAGGAGCUGUGCGAGAAGCACGAGGAGAUCACCCCGGAGGACGUCCUCUCGGCGGCCAUGUACCCCAAGGUCUUCCACGAGUUCAAGGACUUCACGGCCACCUUCGGGCCCGUCGAGUGCCUCAACACUCGGCUCUUCCUGGAGGGGCCCAAGAUCGCCGAAGAGUUCGAGGUGGAGCUGGAGCGGGGGAAGACCCUCCACAUCAAGGCCUUGGCCCUCGGGGACCUCAACCGGGCCGGCCAGAGAGAAGUCUUCUUUGAGCUCAACGGGCAACUGCGCUCCAUCCUGGUCAAGGACACCAAAGCCAUGAAGGAGAUGCACUUUCACCCAAAGGCCCUGAAGGACGUCAAGGGCCAAGUGGGGGCCCCGAUGCCCGGGAAGGUGAUUGACAUCAAGGUGAAGGAAGGGGGGACCAUCGAGAAGGGGCAGCCCCUCUGUGUCCUGAGCGCCAUGAAGAUGGAGAUGGUGGUCAACUCGCCGCUGACCGGAACAAUCAAGAAAAUCCAUGUCAAGCCAGACAUGAGCCUGGAAGGGGACGACUUGAUCCUGGAGAUUGAGUAGCUCCACCACCCCCCACCCCAGGACAUGAACCGCAAGAGCCUCUCCCCCGUCUCCCCGAAUCCCUGCGCCUCCUCUUCCCACCCUCUUGGCUCGCUGAAUGUCGGAAGCCCCCCCCCAACACACCCACCCCAAAGGCCCAAACCCACCUGCUGCCUCUAGAAAUGGGGUGCAGGCGGAUCCUAUGGGCAAAGGCAGGGGCCCUUGAUCCCAAGGUACGGGUCGGAGGAAGCGAGAGGGGUCCUGAUUCUUUUUUUUUGGAGUGGGGAGUUUUCAGUGGCUUCCAAGGAGUGAGGAAAGCAGAAUCCAUUUUGGUCUCCCUUCUGUGCCCCGAGUGUGAAGCGUUGGAGAAAAGAGAGGGAGGGCUCCUGCCUACGACCCAUGAGAUCACCUGCCCGCUUAAUCCUGGACCCUGUGGACCAAUUUGGGCAAGGGGGGGGGGAGAAGGAGACCAGCCCCUUCUCUGCUCAGCACCUUCAGUCUUCCUUCACCUCCCUCCCUCCUGGUUUCUUCUCCCCCCCCCCACCCCAGUUGUAUUUAGAGUUGUCCUUUCAUCUCCAGCAUUGCCUUAUUUUAGCUGGGGAGGGGUGUCCUCUCCCAUCACCUCCACGCCCUCCCUCUUCACUUGCCAAAUUAGAGAUGGCGCGUCUCCCCAGUGAGCCUGCGUUUGGGGGGGGGGCUGUCGGACUGGUUUGGGCUGAGCCUGAGCGCUCAACACCCCUCUCCUCCUCUUCCUAUGACUACAAAGCCCAUCUCAGCCACUGUGGCACAAGGACAGCUUGGAGGGUGUCUUGUUUACAGGUUGUUCACCAAGGGCUGGGUAUGUCGUUCUUUUUUGGGGGGGGCGACGUGACCCCCUCCUUCUGCCCACCCCACUGGUGAGGGAUCAAAAUGAACCUUGGAAGGAGAAGAGUUCCCUGCCCCGGGUCAGCUGGACCCGAGCCCAGAAGGAAGGAAGGGCAUCAUCAUCGGAGGCAUCGUGCAGGGGGGCAGGAGGCGGGGGGCUUUCUGCUGAUGACGAUAAAACUUGUGGGUAAAACCCACAGACUUUUUGCAAAGAAGCCCAGAAAGAAAUGAAGCGAUGUGAAGCGGC